GCAGCUUCAUUCCCCCACCUCAGGCAUCCAAGCAAUCGGUAAAGGUUUAUCUGAAGGAAGCUUCAGAAAUUCGCAUUUGUCUAUGGCAAGUAUUCCACAAAUCUCAGCUGCAGCCAGAAGGCUACAAGGUAAGGUGGCACUAAUUACUGGUGGCGCUAGUGGAAUCGGGGAGAGUACUGCAAGACUUUUCUCUAGACAUGGAGCUAAGGUUGUGAUCGCUGACAUCCAAGACAACUUAGGCCAAUCUGUUUGCAAAGAAUUGAGUAGUCCUACCUCUGCCUCCUUUGUCCACUGCGACGUGACCAGCGAAAAGGAUGUUGAAAAUGCCAUCAACGUUGCUGUUGCUAAGUACGGAAAACUCGACAUUAUGUUCAACAACGCAGGCAUAGUUGGAGAGUCCAAACCCAACAUCCUUGAUAAUGACAAAACUGAAUUUGAGAAAAUCCUGAAUGUGAAUGUAGUGGGUGCCUUCUUGGGAACCAAACAUGCGGCUCGGGUGAUGAUUCCAGCUGGUAAUGGCAGCAUAAUUACUACUGCCAGCGUUUGUUCCACUGUUGGGGGGGUCGCAUCUCAUGCGUACACUAGUUCGAAGCAUGCAGUGGUGGGACUUGCGAGGAAUGCAGCGGUGGAGCUUGGAAAAUAUGGCAUUCGUGUGAACUGUGUGUCGCCAUAUCUGGUUGUCACACCACUAGCAAAGGACUUCUUCAAAUUGGAUGACGAUGGGGCAUCUGGUGUAUAUUCCAACCUCAAAGGGAAAGUUCUUAACCCAGAAGAUGUGGCUGAGGCUGCUCUCUACUUGGCCAGUGAGGAGUCCAAGUAUGUGAGUGGGCAUAAUCUUUUAAUUGACGGAGGUUUUACUAUAGUAAAUCCAGCUUUCGGUAUAUUUUGAGGGACUGAUUCAAGGUUUUUAAUCCAUGAAUUGAUUCCAAUAUGUAUGUUGUCAUGAAACUACAAGGGAAUGAAUUUGUAGUUCUUUUUUUCUAGCUCAA